GACCUGUAGAGGACAGUAAUGCUGGUUGGUGCACAACUCCUGAACAACACCGAGUAAAAAAAACGUAAUCAGACUACAAUCAAGUCAAAUCAUCCAUUUUCUGUUUCUCGAUUCUGGGCCAUCUCCGAACCCCUGUAGAAAAGAGUCAACGGCCAGCAUCAUGGGAGCCGUUCUGGGCUUGUGCUCCAUGGCGAGUUGGAUCCCCUGUCUGUGCGGCAGCGCCCCCUGCCUGCUAUGUCGUUGUUGUCCCAGUGGAGACAACUCGACAGUGACUCGACUCAUUUAUGCCUUCUUCCUUCUGCUUGGUGUGGGCGUUGCCUGCGUCAUGCUGAUGCCCGGCAUGGAGGAACAUUUGAAGAAGAUUCCAGGAUUCUGUGAGGGAGCAAUGGGUUCAUCUAUUCCUGGCAUUCAGGGUCAUGUGAACUGUGACGUGCUGGUUGGCUACAAGGCUGUGUAUCGCGUUUGCUUUGGCAUGGCCAUGUUUUUCCUUCUCUUUUCACUGCUUAUGAUCAAAGUCAAGAGCAGCAAAGACCCUCGAGCUGCACUGCAUAAUGGGUUUUGGUUCUUCAAGUUUGCAGCAGCUGUUGCCAUCACUGUUGGAGCUUUUUUCAUAGCAGAAGGUCCCUUUACAACUGUGUGGUUCUACAUUGGUAUGGGGGGUGCAUUCUGCUUUAUACUCAUCCAGCUGGUUUUACUCAUUGACUUUGCCCAUUCCUGGAAUGAGUCGUGGGUGGAGAAGAUGGAAGAAGGCAAUUCUCGCUGCUGGUAUGCAGCCCUGCUGUCAGUCACUGCCCUCAACUACAUGUUGUCUCUGGUGGCCGUGGUCCUGUUCUGCGUCCAUUACACCCACUCAGACGGAUGCACCGAGAACAAGGUCUUCAUCAGCAUCAACAUGCUGCUCUGUCUUGGGGUCUCUGUCAUAUCUGUUCUGCCACAGAUCCAGGAGUCCCAGCCCAGGUCUGGCCUGCUGCAGUCCUCCCUGGUGACCCUGUACACUAUGUACUUGACCUGGUCUGCAAUGACCAAUGAGCCUGAUAGGAAGUGCAACCCGAGCCUUCUAGGUAUCAUCGGGUUGAACACCACCACCCCUGCAGGUCAAGACCAUGUGGUUCAGUGGUGGGACGCCCAUGGCAUUGUGGGAUUGAUUCUCUUCCUCAUGUGUGUCCUGUACUCAAGUAUUCGUAACUCAUCCAACACCCAGGUGAACAAACUGACUCUAACAACUGAUGAGUCUGCACUGAUUGAAGAAGGGCCUCAGCCUGAAAGCUUUGAGGAGGGCAAUGGGGUGAACCGUGCUGUGGACAAUGAGAAGGAAGGUGUUACUUAUUCCUAUUCCUUCUUUCACUUCAUGCUGUUCCUGGCUUCACUGUACAUCAUGAUGACCCUUACCAAUUGGUACAGCCCUGACUCCAAGUAUGAGGCCAUGACAAGCAAGUGGCCCUCCGUGUGGGUGAAGGUCUCCUCCAGCUGGAUCUGCAUCGCUCUAUAUCUAUGGACGCUUGUGGCACCACUAGUCCUGGUCAACAGGGACUUUGACUGAAACACUCAUUGUCCCAGAUGCUCACACAUACAGUUGUGUUCAUAAUAAUAGCAAUAUUUGUAAAAUGGCGAAUAAACUUAAAAAUUCCUCUGAUAAAUUGUAUUUAAUUACCACAAAUUCAUUAACGACACUGCUAUUUCCAAACAACAAAACAGCAAAAAGCCAUUGAAUUUAAUAUUCUACAGAAAGUAAAAAAAAAAAUCAAUGUUAAAAAAUAGCAGUGUUGACAUCUUGUUUUACAAGGUCAAUAAAGUGCUGUAGUGCUAUUAUAAAAAGCUUGAUUCAUCUUUCCUAACAACUAAUAUUUAGUUGCAUAACCAUGGUUUCUGAUGACUGUUUUACAUCUGUGGUACAUGGAGUCGACCAACUACUGGCACAGGUCAGAUUUUGCAGCCCAGGAUAUUUGUACCACAUCCCACAAUUCCUCUGCAUUUCUUGGUUUUCCCUCAUGUACAAGAUUUUCUGUCAGUUGUCUGUGGCCCUUGGAUCCAAAAAGAACAAUUUUACUAUUUUACUCUCAUCAGUCCUCAUAAUAUGCCACAAUUUUUUGGGGUAGUCAAUGUGUUCUUUGGAAAAUUGUAACUGCUUCAGCAUGGCUUUUUUCCCCCUUUUUUUAAACAAUCGGACUUUGUGGCGCUUCUUGCUGGUAACUUGGCUUCACGUAGAUGUCUGAUUGUCACAGUACUCACAGUCAAUCUAGAUCUUUGAUUCUCCUGGAGCUGAUCAUUGGCUGAUCCAUUCAUCUUUCUUUUACCUCCUUAUCUUUCUGGUUUUGGCUGCCAUUUCACGGCAUUUAUUAUUUUAAGUGAAUAGCCCAUGUUUUUCUCUACUACUUCGUAGGUUUUUCACUCUUAUGAAGGCACAGCUAGCAUAUGCAAAGCGUUUAGAUAAGGGUCAUGUUUAACACUUUUCUUUCACACCAUUAAUGACCUCACUAAUUGAACUCGGCACUUAUUUUUUUUUAAACACGCCCCUUCCAGUAAAUUAUUCAGUUUCACAGAAUCUGAAGUAAAUUCGUCAUGCCUGUUGUGUCUAAGUUUUCUAUAAGUUUUAUUUAAGUUUCUAGAAACGUACUUGCACUGUAGAAGUUGAAAUAUUAACAACAAUAGUGAUUUAUCUUGCUAAUGAUUGUUGGACUGCUGUUAUUUUGAACACAACUGUAUGUAGCCAUUGUCAGCUUCACUUGUUUUGUUUCCGCAAAGCUCAUAAAGUGUAGGUGGCUGCAUUUUGAUUGGCUUGGGUGUUAAAAGUUGUUUGGUAGAUGUGAUUCCCCCCCCACACACACACUUUUUAAACCUUUUCGUGUUCCACCGCGAGCUGCAGACUAGUCCCAUUUGCUUGUUACUGUUACUUUUCAGUAGUGUGUUGUGUUGUAUAUACUUUGCCCCAGUGUGUUCUAUUAAAAUCGUUGCAUGCUUUUUCCUUUAAAAUGUUGCUGACUGCUGCUCAAGAAUCUAAGGGAUGUAAUUAGUGUACUGUACAAUAUAUGAAAAAAUAUGACAGGACACCAGAGCAUUUAACCUGGAAGUUAAAUAUUUACUUGGAACAAAAUAAAAGCGGUUUGUGUUUUGAAAAUGA